AUGAAUUAAUUGGCUCUCGAUAAAGUGAAACAAUUCGAAAGUAACUCUGGUCUGAAUUCUCCUUUAAGUAUGACUUUCAGAUUGUCAACUACUUUAAGAUAUCAUGGUCGAUAAAUGAAAAGAUAAAAAUCAAGAAGUUAAUAAAAGCCUUUUGUUUUACAUUAGAAAACAAUAAAAGGUCCAUUUAGAAGGAAAAGCUGUUAUUGUGAUGAAUGUGGAUAAUUGGGAACAUUUUAAUAUAAAUGCAUGAACAUAAAGGGGCCUAGGCCAUAUCGAAAAGCAAUUCUUACAAGAAGAGCAUCUAACUAACAUAUGUAUAUUUGUUAUAUUAGAUUGAUUAGAUAAUCAGCUUAACCAAAAUCAGUUUAACGAAUAAAGCAAGCAUUAAAAAAAAUGAAGACUUAUGAUGAAAGUAAAAUAAAUGCAAUGCAGGAUAGUAAUAAAAAUCCAUAGACUUUAUAAGUUAUAUAAGAAUAAAUGACAAAAUUGCAUUCAUAUUUCUCAAGACAAUAAUAAUAACAAAUAAAAGUAUAUUAAUUAGCAUAAUAUACUCCAAAUUGUUCUCCAAAACAUUCAAAAACGCCUAGAAAUUUACCUUACUUAUCGCCUUAUGUAACACUGAGGAAAAUAGAUUCAUAAUUGCUAAAACCAUUAAAGCCAGCUUAAUUAAUUUAAUAGAGAUCAUAACUAUUGACUAUGCAUAGAACAAAAUAUCAUUAGAAAACAUUGUCAACUGUUAGUCCACUUUGA